CUCGUUGUCGUGCAGCGCGCAGCCUGCUCAAUCUUUGUUUGCCAGGACCGAUCGUGAUGGGCGCAAUGCCUAUCUUCGCUGCAUGCUCAAUGUCGCUGAUGACCAGGCCCUCCGCGGCAGGUGAAUCGAGCACCUGACCAGCCAAGAGGCUCAUCUAGCGCAAACGCGCCCGCCCGCUGUCCCUCACCUUCUAUCCACUCUGCCUGUGAGAGGAGCCGGGCCCACGCAUCUUGACGUCGCAGCUCGUAGGACUUGCUUCUUGUGUCUGCCACACGCUGAUUCACCACGCGCCAUGAGACUUGUUCGGCCUUCACUUUCUUUUGUUACCCACCGCAACAGCCACCAGGACAGCCGCAUGCCCUGAAUAAGAACAAACUGACUCGUCCGUAACAUUCGCCCCAGCGCACCUGAACGGCACACCUCGAAUUCAUCAGAGUCGCCUGCGAUCGGCGAAACGGCAAUAUGGCGAACAGUCUUGAAGCUAAGAUUGUAGUGCUCGGCAGCCAGGGUGUAGGAAAGACUUCUUUCGUGCAUCGCUAUGUGAAGAACGCAUUCGCACCACCUUCCACGCAGUCCACCAUAGGCGCAUCAUUCUUAACGAAGCGAGUCAUCGAUGUUGAUACUUCGACGGUCGUUCGGCUACAAAUUUGGGACACAGCAGGGCAAGAACGGUUCAGAUCUAUCUCUAAACUCUACUACAGAGGUGCAAAUGCGGCGGUGCUUUGCUAUGACAUCACCGACCCACAAUCCUUCGAAGAGAUGGGGCGCUGGCUGACCGAGCUCAAAACGAACCUCGGAGACGACAUAAUCCUGCAUGUUGUGGGAACAAAAUCCGACGUGGUUGCCGAAGAUCCCUCGCAGCGCAAGGUUCCUUUCGAGCGGUGUAUAGCAUACAUUGCCGAACAACUCUAUCCUGUCCAGAGUACGCAAGAAUCUCAUGGACAUUCUGGAGGCUGGGGCUCGACACCUGCAGCUUUCCGAAGUGGCGCCAUGGCAUCUCCUCAGAGCAAUAGAUCCAGUGGCUUCUGGGGUCAAGAUAUUGGCUGGGACUGCUGCCACGAAAUCAGCGCAAAGGAUGGCGAAGGCGUGGACGAGGUGUUCCGCGUCAUCACGAGGAAACUUGUCGAACAACAGCAACGCAGAUUUGAGGUUGAGCAAAGGCAGCUCGCCAUGGCUGGCAUGACACCUGGUAUUGACGUGCACGGCAACACCAAUGGAUACUUUGACUACCCUGGAAAUGGGAAUGGAAGCUUUCGCAUUGGUGCUGGCGACAAACGUCGGAGCUGGCUUGGAUUUCCAGCCACGCCUGGAGUCGGAGGUCCUCAACAGGACUGGGAGCAGGACAUAAAUCGGGCUCAAAAGUCCAAAGGUGGCAGAUGCUGCUGACGAGCCUCCCUGCGUGCUUACCUUUCGACUCUCAUUGUCUUGAUCUGCGUUGGCAUGAUCCCAUCUCAGCUAGUGACUGGGAGGAGUCUUCCCUAUAAACGGGAGGCAUGCUGCGCGGGCAAUGGCCUUUUUGAUGACAACAGCUGGGAUCUGUUCCAGCAAAAGCAUCAUGGUAUAUUUCUUUCGAGAUACCCGACCAUGUUUCGAUAAUCUUUCCACGAAAGACUGUUCUGCAUUGAGGCAGCUUGGGUUUCUUAUAGUUGUCUGCGUUUCACGGAAGCGCAUCACGACCUUUCUCUGUACAGCGUUCUGUUACGAUCUUUUUAUGAUAGCGAGAAUUUUCUCCUAUUAGCAUAGCGAGUCUGUUUUCUUUGUCCGUCGAUUGCAAUCUUCUUUUAGUAUCAUCAACCACUUAUGGUGGUUCACUUACGGUUACAAGGAAGUCAUUUCCUAUCUCAACGUACAAUAGAAUCAAU